GCCUCCCCUCCCCUACAAAGAUAAUUCAUCGUAUAUAUCACGACUGCCUCGUGUAUAGUCUUCUUGCGAUCAACUCGGCAUUUGACGAUACCUUCGUGUAGACAUAGAAACUACUGCCUCGGCGAAUGUUGUCAAAGACUCCCACCUCUUGGAUAACUGGCUUUACAGUGUCAACAUUGAUAUUUCCUUUCAUCGUCCAUCUUUGAAACCAUUGAAAUCUUGCCAACCCUAGCUGGUGAUUGCGAGCCUCGAUGACCGAGUCAUCUGGGAUACAACGAGACAAUGUGGAAAGGCCACGGACGCCACCGGGGACGGUUUAUUUCGGAGAGGGACCCAUCGAUCUUGACGGCGUCGAAGAAGAUUCCGAUGGCCAUGUUAUACUCCAGCCACAGCCAUCGAAUGACCCAAAUGAGCCAUUGAACUGGCCCACUUACCAAAAGGCCAUCAACUUUGGGAUUACUUGCCUUUUCACCUUGAUGGUGUUUACCACACUGGACGUCGGAACAGUGACCUGGCCUGCCCUGAUGGAAGAUCUCGGUUAUGGAGAACAGUAUCUUAAUAACAGCUAUGCGUCUGGAUUGGCAGGCAUGGCUAUUGGGUGCAUCUUCUUCAUUCCUGCGGCGGACCUACUCGGGCGGAAGCCUGUAUACAUGUUUGCUUCGUUUGCCCUGGUCCUGUCGAAUAUAGGUUCAGCGGUGUUCCAAACCCGCGUCCAGUAUAUCGUGCUACAGGCGAUAGCGGGGCUCGCAGGCUCAGUCAACGACACGAUCAUUCAGAUGACUAUCGUGGAUCUUUUUUUUGUGCACCAGCGUGCAACAAUGAAUGGUAUAUAUUCCACAUGUGUGGUGGUUGGUACAUAUCUGAGCCUAAUCCCCACCGGAUAUAUUAUCAAUAGCCAGGGAUGGCGUUGGGUAUGGUGGUGGUGCGCCAUUCUUAACGGACUGGUACUACUCUUGAUCAUUUUCGCGUACGAAGAGACUCGGUAUGGGAGGCCCGCAGGAAACUGCUAUAUCGGCCAAGACCCCCCAGGGGCACUGGGGGCAGAGGAGAAGCAGAUUACAGCCUCUGAAUUCGACAAAGAAAAGCCGAUGCCAACCCAUUGUGAUACAGUCCCACCGUUGCCUGUGGAGGAGCCUAUCCCGCCCCGGAAGACGUAUUUUAAAAGAAUGACCCACUUUGAGCCUUCUGACAACAUCACUCUCAAAAAAUACUGGCGGCAUAUGUGGACUCCAUUUGUCCUAAUCUUCCGCAUCCCAGCAGUGGCAUUUGUGGGUCUUCAAUAUUCCUUCAUGAUGGUCUGGGUGGCCAUCCUAGCCACAACACAGCCUAUCUUGUUUGCGCAACCCCCAUACAAUUUUACAUCAGUGGGCAUCGGCAAUAUUAACAUUGCGCCCUUCGUCGGGGCAGUUAUCGGGUCCAUAUAUGGCGGUCCUCUCAAUGACUACUAUGUCGUGUACAUGGCCCGGCGCCGAGGUGGAAUCUAUGACCCGGAACUCAGAUUGCACAUGCUCCUUGUGCCCAUGAUCAUCUUACCCCUAGGUCUCUUCCUUUACGGCACCAGCAUUGCCAAUGAACAACCGUGGAUUGUCCCCUUAAUUGGAUCCUCAUUUGUCGGCUUUGGUAUCGGAUCGGUAACAUCGAUCGUUCUCCCGUACUAUGGAGAUUCCUAUUGUGAGCUUGUCGCUGAAGGCCUCGUCGUCAUCACAGUCAUCCGCAACGCAAUCUCGACGGGUAUCUCGUUCGCUAUCAACCCGUGGAUGACCGGACUUGGUGUGCAGAAUAUGUUUAUCAGUGCUGGAUGCGUGUGUUUUGGCAUUAUGCUCUUUAUCAUUCCCAUGAUAAUCUGGGGUAAGAAGACGCGUAUCAGCACCGCUGAUUAUUACUUGAGUGCCGUGGCUGCCGGUUAGGGUCUGUGUCGACCGGGCUCUGCAGUGCACACGAGAUUGUUGAAGGGGAUGGUGGGGAUAGG